AUGUUCAGACCAGAAACCUACUCUGAUCGAAGCAAUCAGUCGUACUACUUGGACCGAGUCACCGACCCGAUCACCACCGAUGUGGCCCAGCUGCAUGAGCGGAGGAAAGUGAUGAUGGGCAUUGUCGAGGCCGAGCUGAAAUGGAUGAAAAAUGAAGACGAUGCUUACUCGACAGUGAUCAAGGAGAAGCAGGACUUGAAGACCGAGAACACCCAAUUGACCGAGCGGCUGAACAUGCUGGAGGCCUCAGUGCGCCAGUGGAAUCCCAGUCUCCUCCCGGCGGAAAAGGAUCCCAAGCAGGGCCGGGGAAAACCCCUCAACAGAGCAACAGAAGCAGCAGCCGACGACGACGACGACGACGACGAUGCGUCGCAGGGUUCCUCCGAGUGGGCGACGGCGAAGCUGAAUCGGGUCGAAUGGGCCUCUUUCUCCACCCCCUAUCAUCAAGCAAAAGAGACCUUUGCAAUCGAUGUCCUCGAGGGCGAGCCAGUCAUCAGCUUCAUGUCCUACUACCGACCAUGGUGGACGAUGAACAAAAGCGUUCCGCAGGAGAAAAAAGCCCCCGCAGCAACUAAGAAGCGACUCUACCCCCCCGGUCAGGGACCAAUGCCCGAGCGAAUUCGCAUCAACUCCCGCCAUAUCCUCAAGAUCUUGCAGAAACUGGACCCGGAGCACUUCACUGACGAAGACGAGAUGCUGGUCAUGAUUCGACCUUUUAAAGCCCUCGUGUUAUUUGAAGAACAGAUCCGCCAGAUCCACACAGUGCUCGUGGAGAAGCACCGGGGGAACAAAUCCGAACCGGCAGACCCGGAGGAAGAGCAGAAAACAGCUGAAAAAGAAGAGAACCCGAGCCCUCCCAGCAGCCCAACGUCGGCCGCAACCCCAGAAGAAAGCCAAGAGGGCGAAGGUAACCCCGUCAACGAAGUCCUCAAAGAUGAGUUCACCUCGUCGGAGACGGCCCUCGAUCAACUGCAAGUCUUGGUAGACUUCCUGGACCACGACCUCAAAGCCAAGAUGGACUACGUGCGCAGCGAUCAGUGCCAUCGGGUGUCUUACGACGAUGUCUGGUAUCUCUUCCGACCGGGCGAUGAGGUGGUCGACCAGGGAGGCAAGCAAGCAUACCGCAUUAUUGGGGUCACCAGCUCGCCGCACAAAGUCACUUCUCCCUAUCGGAACUGGGAGACGUCCAGCAAGGAUGAACCCACCGUGAUGCUUCAAUGUGCGCACGUGGACUUUGACGGCAAAUUUCUGGGACCGGUGCUGCAGACAUUUCGGAUUGCACGAUUUGACGGAGAGAAAGCCAUCACAUCGCUGCGUGUCUUCCCCUUGCGACUCGCCGGGACUCGAGCAGGCAAUCUGGCCAGCACGGUGGAUGUUCGCCAGCAGCUAAUUGACCGUGGAAAGAUGUUCAUCAAAGUCCUGGCCAAGAAGCACAUGCAUUACAGUGGCCUGACGCUCGAGACCCGCGAUGAGGUAGACGGACAGGUUGUGAUCGACUUCGAGAAAGCCUUUGAAAGGGAAGAAGAGUUGGAGAAGGUAUGGCGGCCCAAGAUCAAGAGUCUCAUUAGUAUCGAGGUCCCCGACUCGUCCGACUCUGACUGCACAGCUGCGUGUUGCGCCAGAGACCGUGUCCAUAAGGAUAUGUAUGCUGAACACAAGCGCAAUGAGCACUAUCGCAAUAGUCUGAUCCCGGAGGAGCUGGGCCAGCAGCCUUCCGUCGCCAUUUAUCCCCGUGCGAAGGAUUCCCCAUCAUCCAAUGACGCCCUCUCGGACGACGAUUAUGUGAUUAUGAGUUUUCGUGUCUUUGGGUUCAGUUUGCGAAGUCGCAAAUGGGAAAAGCUUGACCUCACGCAUCUCAGCUAUAUCCGCGGCAUUCGGGAGGGCCACAAGAAGAUGCUGCUCUCCCUGGUGGCGCAACACUAUCGAGACAAGGAAUCCCCAACGGCUGCCAAUGAGCAGGUCGAUAUCGUGCGCGGGAAAGGCAAGGGACUCAUCAUUCUCCUUCACGGCGCCCCGGGGGUGGGCAAGACCACAACAGCAGGUGACCUGGGAACUACAGCGGAGAGCGUAGAGAAUGCUCUGGAAACGAACUUCGCCCUAGCUCAUCGAUGGGGCUGUAUUCUCCUGUUGGACGAGGCCGACGUGUUUCUGGCCAAACGGACACCGCAGGAUUUCAAGCGAAACGGCUUGGUAUCUGUCUUCCUGCGAGUGCUCGAAUACUAUGCCGGAAUCCUAUUCCUCACCACCAACCGCAUCGGAGACUUCGACGAGGCAUUCGGAUCCCGUAUCCAUAUCAGUCUGCACUACCCUCAACUGACCCUCCCGGCAACCAGGGAGAUCUUCUUAUUAAACAUGAGGCUCAUCCAGCAGCGGUUCACGGAGAAGAAGCGCAACAUCACCAUCGACCGGGAUGCUAUUCUGGCGCACGUCGAGAAGUACUGGAAGACGCACAAGAAGAUGCGCUGGAAUGGGCGACAGAUCCGCAACGCGUGUCAGACUGCAUUAGCCCUGGCCGAGUUUGAGGCUGGCGGCGGCAGUCAUGAGAAGAUCAUCGACCCCACGGCGGAGGUCAGACUCAGCGUCACGCACCUGGAAACUGUCUCCAAGGCCUAUUUUGAGUUCAUGCAGUAUCUGAAAAAACUCUACAAGGUUGAUCAAGAUCGGCUGGCCCAGCGACGAGGCGUUCGUGCCCGCGAGCUAGACGAUAAGAAGAUG